AUGUCUUCUCAGAACAACACUCAGAACGAUUCCGAUAAUGAGGAAUGUCAGACAUAUCGAGUUCCAGAUCAGAAGAGUAUCCAAGAAAUUUUGAAAAUCGAUAACGAAGAUGAAUCUCUCAUGAAAUAUAAGAACAGACUUCUUGGUUCAGCCGUUCCUCCUGCCUUAUUCCCAGAUGAUGAAAGGAAUGUCAUAUUCGAAAGGUUAUCCUUGACUGUCACAGGAAAGGAACCAAGCUAUCUCUGUCUCAAGAACCCAAAGAAGCUGAGUGACGUCACAUUGAAACUUCAUCAAGCUGAUCAAUUCAAAAUCGGCUUUGAAUUCUAUGUACAGAGGGAGAUAGUAUCGGGUCUCAAAUAUGUUUUCAAAAUGAAGAAACUUGGCAUCAAACUGCACAAAGAUUCUGUGAUGAUCGGUUCAUAUGCUCCAAACUCUGAGAAAAUUGUGUAUCAAGGAAGUGUUGAGGAAUGUCCAAAAACUGGGGUGAUUAGUAUGGGCAAAUUUGUGAUAAAAUCACAGAUUGUUGAUGAUUAUGGAAAGGUUUACCUUGAAUUCAGUUGGAAUCUUGAUAUUCAGAAGUAA